CGCCUCCUUUUAACUUGGGUGUGGCCUGCAGGGCUGGAUAAAACUCCACAGCGUGGAGGUCAGAGACUCCGGCUGGUUCCACCGAACUCUGGCCUGGCCUGCUGGGGGCAGGAGGGGGCCUGGGUAGGAGCCCAUACGGACCUAAUAAUGACUCUAGUGGGGCUGUGCCUGGGCCCGCAGCUGAGGGAGGGGCGUGCAGCAAGCUCGGAAGAAGACUGAGGCAAGGACAGGACGCCCUCAUCCUCAUUCCGGCCAGAACUGCGGCGCCAGGGUGUUAAGACUGGGAGACGGGCCAGGGGAUAGGAAGUGGGAAAGGGGCGAUAGGACCCGGCGGGAGCUUCCUUGGCGGGGAAGGGAAUCGGGCGGGAGGAUAGGAGGGAGGGAGAGAGAGAGAGGAAAAGCGAAGGUGAUGGGGAGCGGGCGUCCGCACUCGCCGUGCGGCACGAGUUGCACGGCUCAGGCAGACCGGACCUGGGCUCUAUAAAAGGAGCCCAUGCGCCCUGCCACUCACACGCUCCUCCCGGACUGGCGUCCGCCGCGUCCCUCCAGCUCCCCCAGACACCUGCCCCUACCCUGCGAGCCGCGCCAGGUCCCCCAGACCCGUGCGCCCGGCGGCUUGGCUGCGAGCGGUGCCCGUGGGACCGAGGUGGCGGCGGCGCGGUGCGAGCAGCCGCAGCCCCAGUCUCCGAGCCCCUCCUCUUGCGGCCCCAGCUCCGCGGGGCAGCACGCCGGAGUGGCCAGCGCCUGAAAAGAAGGGAGGGCAGAGCUCCGGCGGGAGGCGCGGCGCGGCGCGGCGCGGCUCCCAGAUUUCACCCCACCCAGCUCUGGCGGCCUCUGCCGCCGCAGGAAACUAACCCCAGCCUGGGGAGGAGGGCGGGAAUGCAAGACCGGGACUUCUCGCUGGCCUGCAAGCUUUGGUCUCGACAGCUAGGAAACUCCUGCGGGCCGAGUCUGCAGAUCCAGGAGCGCCCGGGUUAGGAGACGCUUAGCCCCGAGCACUUGGGGUAAGAGAUCCCACCUGGUGGACGCUCCCUCCUCAGACAAAACAACGCCCUUCUUCACUAGACGUCCAGGUGGGAGCUGGAGCUAAGCGGAGCUCUGUGGACCAGUUUUUAGUAAACCCAGGGCUGAGACGGGGCAUAGAGAGGAGCAGCCAGAGAUGCGGCGGUAGCGCCGGGCGCAUUGGAAGUGCUGGGGACGCGCCCGCCAGCCUUGGCUGCCGCGCCCUUGACCUCUAGUUUCGGCUGGGAACCUGGGUGGAGAUGUAAUUGAGGAACUCACGGAACUGACUAGCCACCGUGGGCGGGGGAGGCAAGACUGUGAUCCCCUCCACGGUCUUUCCGUCCUCUUCCUCCUCCGCUCCAUGCCUGAGAGCUGCACUCCGGAGCCGGGGCGAGGAGAGACAUGGUGGAAACAGGCGCUCCGUGCGCCCCGCCGCUGUCGGCGAGCUCCCAGGCUGGGCUUCCUCAAGCCAACCUCUCCGCUGCUCCCUCCCACAACUGCAGCGCCGAGGGCUACAUUUACCAGGACUCCAUCGCCCUGCCCUGGAAAGUAGUACUGGUCAUGCUGCUUGCACUCAUCACCUUGGCCACCACGCUCUCCAACGCGUUUGUGAUCGCUACCGUGUACCGGACGCGGAAGCUACACACCCCUGCCAACUACCUGAUCGCCUCCCUGGCGGUCACCGAUCUGCUCGUAUCCAUCCUGGUGAUGCCCAUCAGCACCAUGUACACAGUCAUGGGCCGCUGGACUCUGGGCCAGGUGGUCUGCGACUUCUGGCAGUCGUCGGACAUCACCUGUUGCACAGCUUCCAUCUUGCACCUCUGCGUCAUCGCACUGGACCGCUACUGGGCCAUCACGGACGCCGUGGAGUACUCAGCUAAAAGGACUCCCAAGAGGGCGGCGGUCAUGAUCGCUCUGGUGUGGGUCUUCUCCAUCUCCAUCUCGCUGCCGCCCUUCUUCUGGCGUCAGGCCAAAGCCGAGGAGGAGGUGUCGGACUGCGUGGUGAACACCGACCACAUCCUCUACACUGUCUACUCCACGGUGGGCGCUUUCUACUUCCCCACCCUGCUCCUCAUCGCCCUCUAUGGCCGCAUCUAUGUGGAAGCCCGCUCUCGAAUUUUGAAACAGACCCCCAACAGCACCGGCAAGCGUCUGACCCGAGCCCAGCUGAUAACCGACUCCCCCGGGUCCACGUCUUCGGUCACCUCCACUAACUCGCGGGCUCCAGACGUACCCAGCGAAUCCGGGUCUCCUGUGUACGUGAACCAAGUCAAAGUGCGAGUCUCCGACGCCCUUUUGGAGAAGAAAAAACUCAUGGCCGCUAGAGAGCGCAAAGCCACCAAGACCCUGGGGAUCAUUUUGGGAGCGUUUAUUGUGUGUUGGCUGCCCUUCUUCAUCAUCUCCCUGGUGAUGCCUAUCUGCAAGGACGCCUGCUGGUUCCACCUGGCCAUCUUUGACUUCUUCACGUGGCUGGGCUAUCUCAACUCCCUCAUCAACCCCAUCAUCUAUACCAUGUACAACGAGGACUUCAAACAAGCGUUCCAUAAACUGAUACGCUUUAAGUGCACAAGCUGACUGGUCAAUUGCAGUGCGGUCGCCUAAGCGGCCUUUGGGGAAUCAUGUUGUAUCUAGUUACACAGGUAGGUCGACUCUUCUUUCACUGUUACUAGGUCGGAGUGAAGCUUUCUCUUCUGAGCAAGGGCAUUGGAUCCUGAGAAGCCAGGACAGCCCUGAGAGAGAACCCCUAAAAAACUGUUCAAACGAAGGAUAGAGCUUCCAGGCUCUGGAGGAGGCUCACUUCCUCCCCUCGAACCCCAGGUUCAGCACUGACCCCGAGGCAGCCAAUCGCAAGGAGAAGUUGCGACUUUUAAAAAAUUGAUGAUGGAACAGGGAUGCCUGCCCUGCCUUGGUAUCAGGGAUGAUGCCCUCUAGAAUCAGAGGUACUUACUUGUAGUUGCUGUUUGAAGCCUGUCUGAGACAGAUCCACAUGCAGCCUGGCAGUGCUUGAACUAGACAUUAAUGCCCUGUGUUAUGGGGAGAACUUUGUGUUACAGCUUCAUCUAAUAAUAGUUCCUUUGGCAUCCUUCAGUCUUCAUUCAGUUUUUGUUUAUCUGAACUUGGGUGGAGAAACUUGUGGAUUUGGUGCUUCAAACCCUAUGGGUGGCUUGAAUGGCACAGAGAAACCUUGACGAGUUAACAGCAAAGUUCUGAUGUUAAGAUCUCUAUUUUUAUUAUAAUUGAAAUUCUAUAGGGUGGGUGGGUGGAAAGGGAGGUGGGGAGCAUUCAGCUGAACACCACACCUCUGAUUGUUUUCUGCAGAUUUAUCGUUUUUAAAUUCUUAUUCAGUGACUGUCAAACCACAUUCCUAAUAACUCAAACAAAACAUUAUGUGUGCUAGUGCCAAAGUCUGCAGAUUGCUUUAUUUUUCCUCCAAAUUUCAUGUACCUGUCAUUUUACACAUUUAAAUCCCCAUACAUGGAGGAUAUGAUGGGUGACUCAGCCCAAGCUGCUGCUAUAUUUCUUAUUAAUGCCACUGAUUACACUGAUGAGUAUUAGAUAUAUAAGCUCUUUUGCAAGAAAAGUAUCUUUAAUCCUAAUCCGCUUCAGUGAGAUAUAAAGGAGACAUGAGCUAGGAAUGGUUCUUGUACAAUUAAGGAAUGGGUGGCAAUAGGAGGAUGUAUAUUUUGACUUGUAAAAAAUCUUAAAUGCAUGAGACUUUUUUCUAAUAGUCAUUUGCACUCUCCUUACCAUCUGUAAUUCCUUUGUGUGCUAACAUAUCAGGUAACCAAGACAACUAGCUCCUUUCUCCAAAAAUCUUCAAAAUGUAGUUAAAACCCCUAAAAACUACAUUAAAGAUAAAAACUUGUUUCUUUUCCCUUGCUAUUGAAGUUUGAGUAGGAACAAAAAUACUAGAAAAUAACCUGCAAGGAUUUUAGAAAAGCUUAGAGAAGCUAAAAUUGAGCCUGCUCCUUGAAACGCGUGGACUCAAACCUCAGACUUACUAGGCAACCAGGAAACUAACCAGCUUUUGAACCUUGGAAAUUUGGCACUGACCUGACACCUCAAUGAAUAUAAUAUCAAUAAUCUUUUAAAUUUGUCUUUUUUCAAAUUUCAAUAAUACUUAGUUGUUAUUUCAAAUUCACUCUGACUCCCCAAUACAGGACAAGAUUACACACUAAAAGAUGAAAAAUGCAUUCUCUAAAUAAAAUGGGGGUAGUCCUGAAGGCUCAUGUGCACAGAAAAUGAAUGUGUUUGUGGAACAUUUUUUAUGCCAAAGAAGAUUCACACUCCCUCUUUAGAGAGCUUUCUGCAGUUGGUACCUUUUGUCUGCAGAAGCAAGUUGUUUUUGUAAAAUGGAUUCACUCUCUGCUUGAAGCUCCCCAGUCCAGACUGUCAGACAGUAGAUGCAUUGAGCUGAAGUGCACUGCUUCCCUGCUGUGCGGACCUUUUCUCUGGCAUGAUGACGCUUGGAAAUACACUAUUCAAAGUUUCACACGUAAACUAAGUAAAAACGAGACUGGUGAUCAACACUGACACCUGUCACUGGAGUAAGAUAACAUUUUAAGCAUUAGACAAUCCUGUUCUUUCUGCUGUAUCCCCACGUCUCUUUGUUUUUUUGUGACAUUUCUCCUAUGGAGAAUCCUAGCUUACUAUGGAGAGAACUGUGCAUAAAGCACGGUAUUUGUUUUUAUGUUAUUAAUAUGUUUGUCAUUUGUUUACAUAGCUGUGUUUUCUUGAGCCUGAAAAGCAGUUAAGCAAACUUCUAGGAGCCUGAGGGGGAAAAAUUAAUUAAAACCAAUAGCCACUUACAGAUGAUUUCUUUAUAGGGCACGUGCAAUGAAUAGUGUCCUUAUAGCAACAAAAAGAGGUCAAUUUAGUCAAAUGGGUCGUUUGCCACUUAUAGAUCACCUACCUGAAUUUUUGCUUGACUAUUUGGCUGAAUUGACUGAAUCUGGGGCAUACUGUGUGAAGUAGAAGCUUGCAAACCCUUGUAGUUAUAAGAGAUCUAGAAUCCUCAUCCAGCAUUGCACAUGAUUAUGCAAAGUGUUUUCUUCAUCCCAGGGCUAUGUAGCUGAGACUGUUAAGCUCCUUUGCAGUUACUGCUGCCUAUAACUUUGUCUGUUUCAUGAACUAGACAUCUGGCUUUUUUGCAGAACAUUAUAUGGGAGAUGGAAAUAUUUAACUUAUAUAGAAAUGAAAAUAUAUUUUCAUUGGCUGUGGUAACAAAUAACAUUUUCCACAUUGCUUAAUUGCACAAAUUUUCACAGAAAUAUAUGAAUGUAUGCUCAUCCCAAAAUACUGAUUGUCUUGUGUUUCUAGGAAUUUUAGAGUUUCCUUUAAAAAAAAAAAGGACACUGCAUCUAUGAAUAAAUUGUUAUUGAGUUCAACAAAUUUCCUACAGAACAAUGUUCUUCACUUUUCCUCUCUGUUAUCUUGGUUUUCUCUUCUUUAACCAGGAAACCCUGAGUGGACUGUAAUUCACUCAAGCAGCAAGAUCUCAGAUUAUGUGUAUAUGAUGGCAUUGCUGUGACUGAAAAUUGCAUUUGGUUUCCACCUUUCAAAACAAUGUGUAACUGAAAAUGAAAUUUAGGAAAAUAAUGACAUAAAAGUCCUUUUUCUGUG